UUUUUUUUUUUUUUUUUUUACUCUGCAAUUUCUCAGCCAUUUCUUUUCUGUUGAAGCAUUUAAGGACUUGUCAUAACUAGAAAACUGUAUGUUCGUUAUGGAAAUGUCCUUGACUUCGAUUUUAUUGGUGUCUAUGAUAUUGUUCAACACUGGUAGUACAGUUCUUACAGACUCCAGCUGAAGUGUUUAUGAUGAAGCUUUGAAGACUCGGACUGAAUAACAGUCUUAUAGAAAGAUGCACGGUUGUUUUGUGAAGUAGCCUUAUCUUUAUUAAUUGAAUAACUGAAGAAUUAUUUGCUGGCAUCAAUUCUACAAUACCUACUACAAAUUAGAACUUGUAUCACAAAAUCAGUAAGCAGUAGAUGAUUUCAAGUUAAUGGAACUUCCAUACUUGUUUUUCUGCUGGCUGUGAUGUGCUGUAGUCUGGAGUCAGAACUAUUUGCCCUUUUGGUUUAUGCAGCAGUUUAACAAACAAAAAUUUACUUUUUAGACAUGUGUUGUUGUUCCAAAAAUAGUUCCACAUAAAAUUGAACCGGAACAUUUGCAUGUCUCAGAACAGCAGUGCUAGGUUUCAGUCCUGAAUGAAUCUGUUUUUAAACAAAUCAUUUGAAUUCAGUUAUCCACUUUUUUUUUCACCCAGAGCUGCUAAAUCUGGUUUAGGCUGAGAAGGAGAACUAGAGCAAAAUAGGCUACAUUUUGAGGCAUAAUUAAAUCAUCCAUAAAAUCUGUUGGUCAAUCAGGACAGCAUGGAAAUCAAACGGAUUGAUUUUGGAUGCAGUGUGUUCAUGAAGAAAUCAAACGUUAAAGCUUUCUCUGGUAUGCGAUACGAACCAUUGCUAAUUAAGUACCGCGCAAAGCAAGCAACCAUGUGGUUGCAAAAGAUCUCCUUCCCACAGUCCCAUAACCUGUACAUGAUCACUGCCAACGUCUGAGCAGGCCUGGCUUAGAGAGGUCUUCAGCAAAGAAGGACCAGGUGAAUUCACAAAACAAGUACAAGUUAAUAAUCAGGUGUCUCGCUCGACUUUUUGCACAGAAUGCUUCACAAUGAUUUAUGAUUGUCUGCAGAUUUUCAGCAACUCUUUUUGCAGAUUAAACCUAUAUUUGAUGACAAGCCUUUAUGAGUAAGUCACUGAAUUAUUCACGCCAUAAAUUUAUUCAAAAAUACAGAUUCUAAAAGCUGAAUUAUUUACUCAAAAAUAGUUGUAUAAUUUGUGCUAUAUAAACUUGAAUGCUUAUUGGAUUUAAGGCACAUCAGGUGAUGUGUAUUUAUGUAAUGAGGGAGGGUGUGGCCGAAGGAGAUCGACACACUAUAUCAAGGUGUGCAUAAUUACUAAGGAGAUUUAUCUCCACAGGAAAAGUGGGCCAAAAAAGAGAUUUAACUGACUCUGAAAGUCAGUUGUGUGAUCACAGAACCAUCAAACGUUUUGUAGCAAUUAGUCCACAGGGUGGCAAGAAACAUGUCGAGAAGAAAAGAGACGCAAAGUAACUGCCAGAGAUUUGAGAAGAAUCAAACGUGAAGCUACCAGGAACCCAUUAUCUCCAGUGCUGCCAUAUUCCACAACUGCAACCUACCUGGAGUGCCAAGAAGUACAAGGUGUUCAGUUCCUAGAGACGUGGCCAAGGUUAUUAUCAGCAUGGUGACACAUGCAAGUAUAAUGGCAGAAAGUAACAGGACCAGUAAGGUUGCUCAACUGAUCUCGUGCAACAAUGAAGCGAAUAUUCAUGAUUGCAAUCAAUCCGAUCCCAUGGGAUAUCAAAGCCCAGUCCCACUGACGGAUGCCUGGCUGGUGCCAGUGUUUUUCACCCUCAUUAUGUUUGUAGGUUUGGUGGGUAACUCAUUGGUCAUCUAUGUAGUCGUCAAAAACCAGCAGAUGAAAACCGUUACAAACCUUUACAUAGUUAAUCUCGCCACCACAGACAUCCUUUUCCUGGUCUGUUGUGUUCCUUUCACUGCCACUUUGUACAGUCUUCCUAGCUGGAUAUUUGGGGACUUCAUGUGUCGACUGGUCAAUUACCUGCAACAGGUAACUGCACAGGCAACCUGCAUCACUUUGUCAGCAAUGAGUGUGGAUCGUUUUUACGUGACCGUCUAUCCACUACAGUCCCUCCGUCAUCGAACACCACAGAUGGCUCUCUCCGUAUGCACCACCAUUUGGAUAUGUUCAUUGCUUCUUUCAGUGCCGAUAGCGUUGUAUCAGCACACGGAGUCUUGGUUUUGGUUCGGUCCGCAGACAUACUGCACCGAGGCAUUUCCCUCGCUCAUUCACAAGAGGGCUUACAUUCUUUACUCCUUCUUGGCCGUUUACCUGCUGCCUCUGGUCACCAUCUGUUUGUGCUACACUUUCAUGUUGAAACGCAUGGGUCAAGCCACAGUGGAACCCGUUCAAGGCUGUAACCAGCUGCAGACGUCAGCAGAACGGGUUGAAGCGGUGAGGACCAGAGUAUCCAGAAUGGUGGUUGUGAUGGUGCUGCUGUUUCUGGUCUGCUGGGGUCCAAUCCAGAUACUGAUUCUCUUACAAGCAUUCUGUUCUGAAGACGUGAGUCACAGCUAUACGCUCUACAAACUAAAGAUCUGGGCUCACUGCAUGUCCUAUUCCAAUUCCUCCAUAAACCCCGUGAUCUACGCCUUCAUGGGAGCCAACUUCAGAAAGGCCUUCAGAAGUGUGUUCCCUUUGAUCUUCAAAAGGAACGCAAGAACAACCGAGCCUCUCCCCACCUAUAACAGAGAGAUGAACUUUCUUUCAUCCUGACCUAUAGAGGACAUUUGGACUGGUUAAAAAUCACUAACAUUUGAUGAAGAUGCACUCGGACUGAAGCAAUUCAACUGGGAAACUGAUUUGUUUUUUGUUUUGUUUUUUUAUUACGAAGGACUGAAUGUUUGAAACUUCAGCAUACUUUUAAAAGAGUGCUCCUUUGUAGAAAAAACUAACGUUUUCGUUGUAUGCUAAUUGAAAUUAAGUUAAAAUGUAUUAUUGUUUCUCUUUUAUUAAAUGCAGUUAGUUGAAUAAGUUCAUAAA